UGAGAUAUUCACCACGGAGAUCAAUAACAAAACGCCAUCGCUGAGGCAACUUUCGGAUUCCAUGUUUGAAAAACAUGGAUCCCAUUUUUGAGGAAAAAUAACACUCCACCGACUGCAUUUUGGAUUUCGUCCGCGGACAUGUUAUUGAGUUUAUCAAAUUUUUUAGUCUCAUUUUUUACCUCAUAGGGCAUACAUAUGUAUAUUGGCCUCAUAAACUAGACAAGAUAUGAUUUUCUAUUAUUUAAUUUUCAUAUAAAUUUUUUAGAAUUUAAGACAAUUUUAAUUAAAAAUGAAAGGUGGAACAAGUUUAUUCGUCUUAUUUUUCCUCUUAGCUGUCAAUUUAUCUUUAGUUUCUGAAGUCAAUUCUCUUAUUGGACCUCCUUGGACUUGGCCGUAUCGACCAUACCGACCUUAUCGACAUUGGCGUUCACCUGUUAAUGACGGAACAAUUCCUAUCAGUUCCUAUUAA